AUGAAGUUUGCCAAAGAGAUCGAAAGCGCAUCCUACGACUUGCCAUCCGACUGGCGCCCGUAUCUGAUUCACUACAAACUAUUAAAGAAAGCCAUUCGCUUGGUCGUUGCCGAGCUACGAUCGAGGGGUCUUUUGGACAUCGAAAAGGGCGGUGGCGAGCUCAACUUUUCGUAUGGGUUCGAUGGCGACGUCAAAGACCCACAACCCUGCAUAAACAUCACCGUCGACGACGCUGCAGCACGUUUGAUACCCGACCUUAUUCCCACACGUUCAGCAUCUGUGCUGAAGAUUAAACUGGUCAAAGACUCUGAAUUCUUCCACAUGUUGCUGGAAGGACUCUCGCAAGCAGCGCUCCUACAUUCGACCGAGCAAAAACGCUUGUCGGGCAAAGUGGAUGCAUUGGAGAUGCAGUUAGCAAAAGCGGCAUCGCCAAAGAAGCAAAAGGACAUUAAAGCACAGUUGCAAUGGUUCACCAAAGAGCUUGAUCGACAGAACUUGGUAUCCAAGCUCGGAUCGAAAGACGCGCGAGAAGCUCUCAACCGAUUUGUACAGAUGAACGUUGAGCUCGCCGACUUUAAACGCUUUCACGCUUUGAACCACACAGCAAUGACAAAGAUCCUCAAGAAACACGACAAACAAAGUGGUUUAACAGCCCGAACCGAAUUCCCAACGUUUGCAAAGGACAAUGUGACCAUUGUCGAAAACGUACUACUCGCUCUAUACUCAACCAUCACUUCCAAACUCAUAUCCAUCGUGCCGCAAGUUGACGAUCAUAGCUGUCCGAUCUGUUUUUCUAUCACUUGGAGACCCAUCAGAUUAGAUUGCGGACAUGUGUUCUGUGUACGAUGUCUGAUCAAAGCGCAUCGAAAAAAGCUUCUCGACUGUCCUGUGUGUCGGAGGAAGCAUGCAGUCGCAAAUGCAGAUGCUGCCAAUCUCGACAGGGGCUUGCAGAACUUUUUAAUGAUGUAUUUCCCACGAGAAAUCAAGAACAAGCGCAAAGAGUCAGAAAAAGAGCAAGCCAUGAUGGAUAUGGAAGCGCUAACGGGGAGAGCCUGGACGCUAUACACGAAUGGCCGAGAACCACAAUGCUCUAUCAUGUAA